UUUGAGCUCUGCUGGGGGGUGGGUGGGCAGCCGGGAGGCGGCAGCUGCCGGCCUGGGCACUGCGCACGCGCGGGCGGCCGACUCCAGAGCGCGCCGGCAGGAGGGCAGCAGGUGUGCUAGGCAUCCCUCUCACGUGGCGGGAGGGCCUGGGGUGCGGAGCCUGACAGGGGUUCCUUCAGGUCUCAGCUCGAGGGCCGAGACAGCCAAAGAGAAUUGUGCCUCUGGAAGGUCUAGCCAGGGGAGGGCCCCAGAGAGGUGGUGUGCAUCCUGGGAAAAAUUGGGGGAACACUCUCUCCACCCCCAAAUGCAGGUUGCCAUUGCAUUAAGAAGGGACUGGCAUCCCUGGGAGCGACGAGCCUGAAGGAAGAUGAGAUGAAAGGGUCCGGGACUGCUGCAGGAGCCCCAGGGCCCAACUUGAAAAGAUGGAGUCAGAGUACAUGAGCUCUGAGGUCCUUGGGUUCUGGCCCUGGCCCUGCCCCAAAUCGUGGUGAGCCUGGACAAGCUCCACCCUCUUUUGGACCUUAGUUCCUCACGGGGAGGAAGGGACUGCACUCCAUCCCCUGGGGUCAUUCUGGUACGAAAUUUCACCCAUCAAGCGCUGCCGCAGGAUGGGUGUCUCCGCUGCGGCCCCACUGUGGGGUCCCCCGGGACUGCUCCUGACCAUCGCCCUCCACCCAGCUCUCUCCAUGCGCCUGGCCAAGGCCUCGGUGGCCCUGCAUCGAGACUACUGCAUCCUGGGCGCCGGGCCUGCAGGCCUGCAGAUGGCCUACUUCCUGCAGCUGGCCGGGAGGGACUAUGCAGUGUUCGAGCGCACCCCAGGGCCUGGCAGCUUCUUCCUGCGCUACCCCCGACACCGCAAGCUCAUCAGCAUCAACAAGCGGUACACCGGCAAGACCAACGCCGAGUUCAACCUGCGCCACGACUGGAACUCUCUGCUCAGCCACGACCCCCGGCUGCUGUUCAGGCACUACUCGCGAGCCUACUUCCCUGAUGCCGGUGACAUGGUGCGCUACCUACGUGACUUCACCCACAGGCUGGGGCUCCAGGUCCUGUACAACACGACCAUUGCCCACGUCACUCUGGACAAGGACCGGCAGGCCUGGAAUGGCCAUUACUUCGUGCUGACGGACCAGAAGGGCCAGGCCUACCGGUGCAGUGUCCUUCUUGUAGCCACCGGUUUGUCGGUCCCCAACCAGGUCGACUUCCCUGGCUCCGAACACGUGGAGGGUUAUGAGUCUGUGUCUGUGGACCCUGAGGACUUCGUGGGUCAGAAUGUGCUGAUCCUGGGCCGGGGUAAUGCAGCCUUUGAGACAGCAGAGAACAUCCUGGGUGUCACAAACUUCAUCCACAUGCUGAGCCGCUCCCGGGUCCGGCUGUCCUGGGCCACGCACUACGUCGGGGACCUCAGAGCCAUCAACAACGGGCUGCUGGACACCUACCAGCUGAAGUCGCUGGACGGGCUGCUCGAGUCUGACCUGGCGGAUCUGGCCAUCCUGAAGGACCGUGAGGGCAAGUUCCACAUCACCCUCAAGUACUUCCUGGAGGAGGACAACACUAACCAGAGUGCCGACUCCAUCUCCCUCCCCCAGGACGACAAUGACAACUUUGCCAUGCGUGUGGCCUACGACCGGGUCAUCCGCUGCCUGGGCUGGAACUUCGACUUCUCCAUUUUUAAUAAGUCCCUCAGACUCAACUCUGGGAGUGCAUUUGGCAAGAAGUACCCGCUGGUCCGAGCUAGCUAUGAGUCCAAAGGAAGCCGGGGCCUCUUUAUUCUGGGUACCGCCAGCCACUCCGUGGACUACCGGAAAUCUGCUGGGGGCUUCAUCCAUGGAUUCCGAUACACGGUGCGGGCUGUCCACCGGCUCCUGGAGUAUCGCCACCACGGCGUCGCCUGGCCUUGCACCGAGCACCCCAUCACGCAGCUGACCAGCACCAUCAUCCGGCGCGUGAACGAGGCUUCCGGGCUCUACCAGAUGUUCGGGGUACUGGCUGACAUCGUCCUGCUGAAGGAGAAUGCGACGGCCUUCCAGUACCUGCAGGAGUUCCCCAUGCAGAUGCUGGCUCAGCUGGAGACCCUCGUGGGCAGGACAGCCAGGCACGGGCUCUUCGUCAUCAACAUGGAAUACGGCAGGAACUUCUCCGGACCGGAUAAGGACGUCUUCUUCUAUGACCGGUCGGUGGGGCACACGGAGGAUGCCUGGCAGUCCAACUUUCUCCACCCUGUCAUCUACUACUAUAGGGACCUCCCGACCGAACAGGAGGUGAGGUUCCGCCCUGCACACUGGCCCCUGCCUCGGCCCACGGCCAUCCACCACAUCGUGGAAGACUUCUUGACAGACUGGACCGCCCCGGUCGGGCACAUUCUACCUCUGAGGCGCUUCCUAGAGAACUGUUUGGACACUGAUCUACGAAGCUUCUACGCAGAGUCCUGUUUCCUGUUCGCCCUGACACAGCAGAAGCUGCCCCCCUUUUGCCAGCAGGGCUACCUGAGAAUGCAGGGGCUCGCAAGCACCGAGAGCCUUCGGCAGCACGGAGUGGAGAGCGGGCUCCUGCGGGGCUACUCCGCCGCGGGCAGGCACCCGGAGGACAGCAGCCAGCAGCCUGGCGAGCGUGACCCAGCAGGUCACCCCCCGGCUCCAGAGCCUCCAGGCCAGUCCCUCGAGGGUAACAAGGAGGAGCUCUGAUGGUGCCCUCCCAGGCUG